UGGGUUGACACUGGGAAGGCCUGGUCCCUCGACCACAGAACCACAAGGCCAGGCCCUCGGCCGCCUCCAGGGCCCUGCGCGGGAGCUGGUUGGCUCCGGUCGUCCCCACCCCCCGGCCGCCCUCGCACCGGCUGGAGCCUGGGCUCCGUCGAGGGUAAGCCUCAUUCAUUCAUUCCCCGUGGCGCUGGUGCGGGGCCUCGCUGCCUCCUCCACCCUGGCUGCCGAGCGCCCCUUCCCGCCAUCUAAUGAUACACUGCACACAACUGCUGUUGAGAAUUUGUGGGUAGACAUUCCUGUGGGACCAGGGAUCCAGAUUCUUGGGUACAAACAGAAACUCUGCUUUCCUGGGGGAUUUUUUUUCUUCUCCUCUCUCUCUCUCUCUCUCUCUCUCGCUCACUCACACACACUCUCGCGUUCUUUCCUUUUUUCUUUUUCGUAGCAGCAGGGGGAAAAAAAGAGACAAAACAACAAAACAAACAACAAAACCAACACCCCCCCCUUCAUUCUCCAAAGUAGUCAGGAAAAAAAAACUCUAACAAGGCCAGCCCAGCCCGGCCCCAGCCGAGCCCCUGAAGCGGCUGCAGAGCGGGGCAUGGCCUCCAACAGCAUCUUCGACUCCUUCCCCGCCUACUCGCCGGCCUUCAUCCGCGACCCGAGCACCAGCCGCCGCUUCACACCUCCCUCCACGGCCUUCCCCUGCGGCGGCGGCGGCGGCGGCGGCAAGAUGGGCGAGAACAGCGGCGCGCUGGGCGCGCAGGCGGCCGUGGGGCCCGGCGGGCGCGCCCGGCCGGAGGUGCGCUCGAUGGUGGACGUGCUGGCAGACCACGCGGGAGAGCUCGUGCGCACCGACAGCCCCAACUUCCUCUGCUCCGUGCUGCCCUCGCACUGGCGCUGCAACAAGACGCUGCCCGUCGCCUUCAAGGUGGUGGCGCUGGGGGACGUGCCCGACGGAACAGUGGUGACCGUGAUGGCCGGCAACGACGAGAACUACUCGGCUGAGCUGCGCAACGCCUCGGCGGUCAUGAAGAACCAGGUGGCCAGGUUCAACGACCUGCGCUUCGUGGGCCGCAGCGGGCGAGGGAAGAGCUUCACGCUGACCAUCACCGUGUUCACUAACCCCACCCAAGUGGCCACCUACCACCGAGCCAUCAAGGUCACCGUGGACGGACCCCGGGAGCCCAGACGGCACCGGCAGAAGCUGGAGGACCAGACCAAGGCGUUCCCCGACCGCUUCGGGGAGCUGGAGCGGCUCCGCAUGCGGGUGGCGCCGAGCACGCCCAGCCCGCGCGGCUCCCUCAGCACCACGAGCCACUUCAGCAGCCAGGCCCAGACCCCGAUCCAAGGCACCUCGGACCUGAGCCCCUUCUCCGACCCCCGCCAGUUUGACCGCCCCUUCCCGGCGCUGCAGACGCUCACGGAGAGCCGCUUCCCUGACCCCCGGAUGCACUACCCGGGGGCCAUGUCGGCCGCCUUCCCCUACAGCGCCACGCCGUCCGGCACGGGCAUCAGCAGCCUGAGCGUGGCUGGCAUGCCGGCCACCAGCCGCUUCCACCACACCUACCUCCCGCCGCCCUACCCCGGCGCCCCGCAGAACCAGGCCGGGCCCUUCCAGGCCAACCCGUCCCCCUACCACUUGUACUACGGGGCCGCCUCCUCGGGCUCCUACCAGUUCUCCAUGGUGGCCGGCAGCGGGGGCGGCGACCGCUCGCCCAGCCGCAUGCUGGCCUCCUGCACCAGCAGCGCCGCCGUGGCCGCCGGCAACCUCAUGAACCCCAGCCUGGGCGGCCAGAGCGACGGCGUGGAGGCCGACGGCAGCCACAGCAACUCGCCCACGGCCCUCAGCACGCCGGGCCGCAUGGACGAGGCCGUGUGGCGGCCCUACUGACCGCUGCGGGCCCGGCAGGACGAGACUGACGCUCCCAGGCGGCAGGUGGCUCUGAGAGCACCUGCGCAGCUCCCUCUUUGGACCGAGGGCUGGGGGCCUCCCCAGGAACGCCGCCCCCCACCCCCGCCCUGAGCCCAGUCAUCUGAGCACCUGCGACUGCCCCAGGCCCUCUCUGCCCGCGGGGAAGGCCUCAGGGUCCCUGGAAGAGGGCCCCCCCCCGUGCUCCACCCUCUUCCUGAGACCCCGCCCUCCCGCUGCAUUGGCACACAUUGAGUCCGAACUGGAAAGCACCCCCGCUCCGGGUAUGGAUGGGGUGGGCCCCGGCCCCUGGCUGGCGGCGGCGCCGGCAAGGAGGGGACGUGCUGGCCCCCAGCUGCCCGUCGGGUCCCAGCACCUGCAGGCCGGGACCCCACCCCCACGCACUUUCCUAGCCCGAGGCAGCCCCCUCCAGUUCCCUUGGUGGGGGCCCCUAGUUCCCACCCUGGGAAGGGCAGGGGGUCCUGGGCCGAGGGGUUACUGAGCCAGCCGCCCCGCCCCCCGAGGGCCAACCAAGCUGUGCCCCACCCAGCCUCUCCGCGGCCCCCAAAGCAAACAGCCUGGAACCGGAAGCCGGUUUUAAAAUGGAUUUCAGAAACAAGCUUCAGUCAGACCUCUUUAAACACAGUCUCUGAGCGCGUGGGAUCGGGGCGGGGGGGUCCCCCACCCCCACCCUUCCUGCAGCAGCUCUGGUGCCGCGCGGGGACCCUCACGUCUCACGUCAGGGGCUGUCAGCGUCCUCCCAGAGCAGGGGGCUCCAGGGCAGGUCGGAGGAGCUGGGAGGGGCCUGUGUCCCUCCUCCACAGGCUGCGUGGGCUCUCACAUCUGGGUUCUCCAGUUCGAGGGCUUCAGGGAGACAGAUGAGAACUACAGCACUGGUCGGCCGUGGCUUCCCAUAACCGCUCCAGCCGGGCCGCCUGGAGAUGCUCCUUAGUGGCUGUCAGUGCCACCCCCACAUGUGGAGCAACAGCCAGAGGCCGGACGCACACCCUGGCCCGGUUAGGAAGUCCUUCUGGUGAUCCAGCUCACGUUGCUCCUGCUGCAGUUUCUCCUGUCCGCACAGGAGAAAGCAGGCCACUCUUCCCGGUGGCUGCGGGGGCCUCCCCACCCCUUCUCAGGAAGCAGCUACAAGUCCACUUCCCCCCCCCCCCCCCGCUUCCUUGCUCAGUGGUUGCAGACUGGCCCGGGCCAGCGAGGGAGGCACCUUUGGGUCGCCAGCGCCCAGCACUUUGUAGCCCUAUGAUCCCCUCCCCAUCCCUGCCCCGGUGUGGCAAGAGCCUCGCCGAGUGCCAGGGCCCACGCGAGGGCCCUGGCAAGGCUGCCCUCAAGUUGGACCCUGCAAACUCACGGAUGUCAAAAGCACAAGGAGAGGGUGCGGCGGUCCCUGGGAGCCCGUGGGUUGCGGGCCCAGCCCCGGUGACAGGUGGUCGUGCCGAGGCUGGCCGGCCGCCGGCCUCAGAACCCCCACGGGCGGACGGGCGGGCAGAGGGCUGGGAACUGCUUUGCACUGUUGUUUGCUUGGUGUGUGUGUUUUUAAUGCACAACCUGCUUGUACAGUAAACUGUCUUCAGUACUAUUUAACUGGAAA